GCUGUCGCUGUCGUCGUGCUUUUCGGCCCAGAGGCUGGUCGCUCGGUCUCCAAACGGCAGCGGGCAACGCUGCAGUGUCCAAAAGCCGAUUUACAGUUUUACAGUUUUAUAUGCCAGUUAUGAGUGCAACCAACAAACAGCGACCGCAUUUCCGCAAUGGCGAAUCCCUCACAUGGGCAAAGUGUGUUGUAAAACGAGUGAAUUUUCAAUAUUUCGACUAGCCCAUAAUUCAAAUAACAAAAACGAAAAGUUAAGCAAAAAAACAGUUGGAAAAAUAUCAAGAAAAACAAUACGAUUCGCCGCAGUGAAAGUGCAGAGAAAAAAAUUGCAUGGCAUCUUUUAGGCGCAGCGCAUAAAAGUUUCCGGCCGACGAUUGGAUCUUUGUGUUUUAUUUUUAUUUUCGAUUCUCUCGUUGUUGUUGUUGUUGUGUUUGGACCCCUCGGCGCACAGGCAGCAGCUGUUUAAAUGUAUUUUAGUGCUUGCCACCAACAGCGGCCAGCCCCCUUGAGGGCCGGCAAUCCAUGGAGUAUUCAAACUCAAAGUGUUUGAAUCAUAACGAGCCUCAACAACAACAACAACAACAACAACACGAGCAACACGAGCAACAAACCAGGCUAAUCGUUCUCGGCAGCUAUUUCCGAGCCACUGACACGCCCACAGCAAACGCAGCCAACGAAGCGACUGCAACUGCAACUGCAAUUUUGGGCAGUCAACGUUGCCCCAAUACGCCACCCACAACGCCCAGCAGCCCAUUGCGAGAUCCACCCCAAAGUCCAUCGGAUGGACAGACCUCUUCGCUGAGCUCGCAUUCCGGUUCCAGUGACAUCUUGUUGGGUGAGUGA